CACUUUGUCAGGGAGCGCAUUAGGACAAUAUACCCGUUAAAGCGAGGUGGCCGCUCUCAGGUUUCUCUCUGUAUGUAUGUAUACGAGCUGAUAUUGGCUGAUACGAGCUGUCGUCAAAUUCUACGAAUAUAAUUUUAUCUGGAUUGUUUUUUUUAAUAUUAUAAAGCUAGGAUUUCGAUUAUUAUUUCUUGCAGUUCAUAAAAGGAAAAACAACUAGUCAAAAUGCCAGAGACAGAGGAAGAGGUGGGUAUGUCAGUUCGUCUGACGAACGACGACUUUCGAAAACUCCUGAUGACUCCUAGGGCGUCAGUACCCUCAGCUACUCCAGCUUCCGUACCAGGCACAGCAAGGGAUGCCAGUGCAAAGACAGCUCAAACCCCCCAAGUUAGUGGGGGUAGUCGAGCAGAGCUGCGAAGGAAGAAGAAGAGUUUCUACGCAAAAUUGAAAAAACAGGAGGAGGACAAGAUGGCAGAACUCGCGGAGAAGUAUAGGGAUCGCGCGAGGGAACGCAGAGAUGGCACCAAUCAGGAUUAUCAGGCAGAAGAUCCUAUGAACAAUGCUAGUGCUUACAGAGCUGUUGCACCAGACCUUAAAUCCGGCAUGGAUGCCGCAGAACGCAGGAGACAGAUGAUCCAACAAUCUAAAUUCUUAGGAGGUGACAUGGAACAUACUCAUUUGGUCAAGGGCUUGGAUUAUGCUCUUCUACAGAAGGUGCGUAGUGAGAUUGAAGCGAAAGAACACGAGCAAGAACAGGAAAUGGAGAAACUUGUGAAACCAAAGGAGAAAUCAAAGAAGGAGCCGGAGAAAAAGGAUGACGAUAUGCAGUUCAAGACGAAGAUGGGCCGGAAUGUGUAUAAAACUAUCAUGAUCAUGAAAUCCAAGCAGAUCGAGAGGAAUGAGUUAUUCACUCCGGGUCGCAUGGCAUACGUGAUCGAACUGGAUGAUGACAAUGCCGACGUCGACAUACCUACAACAUUGAUUAGAAGCAAAGCGGAUGUGCCGACUAUCGACAAUACGCCGACUCUUACGACCAACGAUAUAGUGAUCAACAAACUAGCACAGAUCCUAUCGUAUCUGCGUCAAGGUAAUCGACACAGUAAAAAAGGCAAAAAGCUGAAGGAUGGGCGGGCUCGUGGCGAUGAGAAUGACAUAGACAUCCAACCACGACCGCCAGUCGCCGAUGAUAGUAUCUAUGGCGAUAUCGGCGAUUAUGUACCGACAGUGACGAGCAAGAAGGACGGGCAAUCGCGCGAAAAGAAAAAGAGUUCAUAUUUCGACAAACCCGAGUCUAAUCUCGAUACCGACGACAAAGCAAAUGCUCCUCAAUUGCCGAACGUGUUGCAACAAAAUGCAGUAACCGCAACGGACAAUAAUGCUCCCAAGAAGGGCGCAUUGUUGAAUAAGUUAGCAGCUGAACCGGAAGGUUACGCAGAAUGUUACCCAGGUCUAGAUGAAAUGCAAGAUGCUAUCGACGACUCGGACGAUGAAGUAGAUUACACGAAGAUGGAUCUGGGUAACAAGAAGGGUCCGAUUGGACGCUGGGACUUUGAUACACCCGAGGAGUAUAGUGAAUAUAUGAAUAACAAGGAAGCACUACCUAAGGCAGCUUUUCAGUACGGUGUCAAGAUGGCCGACGGCAGGCGCACCAGGAAAUAUAAUAAGGAGAAAAACGAGAAGGCGGAGCUCGAUCGUGAAUGGCAGAAGAUUCAGAAUAUUAUGAAUAAGAGGAAACCGACGACGACGAUCGAUGGCUCAUCUGAGUUCAAAGUACCGCGAUAUUGAAAUAUUUUAAUAAUAUAUCUUCCUCAGAAUUAGAGAAUUAGAGAACGAAAUAAGUUAAUUCUGUAAAGUUAUA